UCCUGCUCCAUCCCCCUAAGUGGGACACUGGCCGAAGAGCCCUAGAGCCCCCUUACCCUGAGUCCCGGGUCCCCUCCUGCUCUGCAGUCCCAGUGACCUCAGAUCAAGGUGGGACACAGGCAGAGCUGAGGAAGCAGUUUCAGGAGUGCAGCUUCUGGGCCAGGGCUGUAGUCUCUGCGUUCUCCGGGCCUUCCAUCCCUUGACCCUUCUGUCUUCGCUGGGCCCACUCACUCCUUCCUCAUUCACCUCAGGUUGCUGUCACCCAACAGAGCUGGGAUCUAAUGAGGCCAAGGUCACGGGUUAAAGCCUUCCUUAACACAGUGAUCUCUUCCCUCUGUUUCUUGACCCCAAAUGAAUCCCUGGAGUCCAGAUCCAAACUCAGUCCUAACCCCAGAUUGCCUUUGACACCAAAACAAACCCCCGAACCCAGACUGCUGAGACUCUGGCCUAAACCUGGACCUCGACCCAGAUAAUGAUUAAGAUAAUGGCCCCAGGCUGAGCCCUGAGUCCUUCUCCUAGCCCCAGAAUCAGGGAGCCUUGGGUAGUAGAUGAAAAUGUUUCAGGAUAGGCUGUCACCACUCCUGGGAACACAGCUAUGUGUUAUGUGCCACAGACACUAUGUAUGUGUGUUUGGGGAGGGGUCUCUGUGCCCCAAGACUGGACUGUCAUAUAAGACAGGUGAAGCAUCCUGGACAGCUCCUUCAGAGAGAUUCCAAAGGUGGCUGGCACACACCUACUGGCACCUGACCAGGUUACUCACACACGUGUAUUUGGGCAGCAGCCCACGGACCCAGGAAUGUUUACAUAGCCCUGGCCCAGAUCUGCAGCUCGGUUACCUGCCCAGGUACACAGACAAGCUGUUUGGGAAGCGGCUGCUACAGGCAGGACGAUAUAUCAUGUCCCACAAAUCAUGGAUGAAGACGGUGCCCACCGAGAACUGUGAUGUCCUCAUGACCUUCCCAGACACGACUGACGACCACACCCUACUGUGGCUUCUGAAUCACAUCCGUGUGGGUAUCCCUGAACUCAUAGUACAAGUCCGGCACCAUCGGCACACGAGGACCUACGGCUUCUUUCUCACUGCCACCUAUGAGAGCCUGCUCCGUGGGGCUGAUGAGCUGGGGCUGCGGAAAGCCGUGAAGGCCGAGUUCGGCGGCGGCACUAGGGGCUUCUCUUGCGAGGAGGACUUCAUCUACGAGAACGUGGAGAGUGAGCUCCGCUUCUUCACCUCCCAGGAGCGGCAGAGCAUCAUUCGCUUCUGGCUGGAGAACCUGCGGGCCAAGGCCGGGGAGGCGCUGCACAACGUGCGCUUCUUGGAGGACCAGCCCAUCAUUCCAGAGUUGGCUGCCCGUGGGAUCAUCCAGCAGGUGUUUCCUGUACAUGAGCAGAGGAUUCUUAACCAGCUCAUGAAGUCCUGGGUGCAGGCUGUAUGUGAGAACCAGCCCCUUGAUGAGAUUUGUGACUACUUUGGGGUGAAGAUUGCUAUGUAUUUUGCCUGGCUGGGUUUCUAUACCUCUGCCAUGGUCUACCCAGCUGUGUUCGGCUCUGUGCUCUAUACCUUCACUGAGGCUGACCAGACCAGCCGGGACAUCUGCUGUGUAAUCUUUGCCAUCUUCAAUGUGAUCUGGUCUACACUGUUUCUGGAGGAGUGGAAGCGCCGUGGGGCUGAGUUUGCCUACAAGUGGGGGACCUUGGACACCCCUGGAGAAGCCAUUGAGGAGCCCCGGCCCCAGUUCAGGGGUGUCCGGCGGAUCAGUCCCGUGACCAAUGCAGAGGAGUUUUAUUACCCACCAUGGAAGCGCUUGCUCUUCCAGCUGCUGGUUAGCCUGCCAGUGUGUGCCACCUGCCUCAUCGGAGGCUUCCUACUCAUGCUGGGCUGCUUCCAGCUGCAGGAGCUGGUGCUCAGUGUGAAGGGGCUGCCACGCCUUGUCUGCUUCCUGCCCAAGAUUGGCUUGGCCCUCUUGGUCAGUGCCUGUGCCGAGGCCUACAAGAAGCUUGCCUACUGGCUUAAUGACAUGGAGAACUACCGUCUACAGAGUGCCUAUGAGAAACACCUCAUCGUCAAGAUUGUUUUGUUCCAGUUUGUAAAUUCGUACCUGAGUCUUUUCUACAUCGGUUUCUACCUCAAGGACAUGGAGAGGCUGAAGGAGAUGUUAGCCACCCUACUUAUCACCCGUCAGUUCCUGCAGAAUGUCCGGGAGGUACUACAGCCGCACCUGUACCGCCGGCUGACCAGUGGGGACCUGAGCGCCCGCACCCUCUGGGAGUUCUCCAGGACUUUCCUGCAGCUGCUCACUCACAGGCCUCCUGUCCCAGAGGCCCGGCCCCAAGAGCCACUGGCGGGGCCUCCUGAGCCCAGGGCCCAGGAGGGCAGUGGCAGUGGGGGCCGGAAGUGCCUCAAUGGGGGCUGUGGGGUCCCUGAGGAGGAGGAGGAAGAGCGGCGGAGGAGGGCUGGGGAGGGUGGGGAAGGGGCGGGCAGGGGGGGGGGGGGGGAGGAUGAGGAGGAGGACGACGAGGAGGACGAUGAGGAGGAAGAUGAUGAGGAAGAAAGCCUUCUGGACUGCAGCCUAAAGCUAAGGAAGGUGAGUUUUGCUGAGCGGGCCGAGCGGCAGCGACGGGCAGGCCCGACCGGUCCCGAGAACUUCCUGGAAGAGGGUAGCCCGACCAUGGUAGACAAGGGCCUGGACCCCGCAGCCGUGUUUGCCUUGUGCGAGGAUGAAGAGGAUGCCGAGGGGCCUUCGGACAGUCCUGGCCGGGAGCCCCUGGAAGCACCUGGGGGCCCGCGUGGGGAACGGCCCGGUGGUGAGGGUCAGGACCAGGGUCCUGGUGAUGAUGAGGCCGAGGCCUCGGGCCCUGGGGAGGACAGACGGCGAAAGCAGAACCGCACGUCCUGGAUCGACCCACCUGAGGAAGAUUACUCCCCCCAGCUGACCCAGGCUGAGCUGGAGAGCUGCAUGAAAAAAUACGAGGACCCUUUCCAGGACUACCAGGAGAUGUUUGUACAGUUUGGCUACGUGGUGCUCUUCUCUUCAGCCUUUCCCCUGGCUGCCCUCUGUGCCCUGGUCAACAACCUCAUCGAGAUCCGCAGCGAUGCCUUCAAGCUGUGCACGGGCCUCCAGCGGCCUUUCGGACAGCGUGUUGAUAGCAUCGGGCAGUGGCAGAAGGUGAUGGAGGCCAUGGGCAUCCUGGCCAUUGUGGUGAACUGCUACCUGAUUGGUCAGUGCGGACAACUUCAACGCCUCUUUCCGUGGCUGAGCCCAGAGGCCGCCAUUAUCUCUGUAGUAGUGCUGGAGCACUUUGCUCUGUUUCUGAAGUACCUCAUCCAGGCGGCCAUCCCGGACAUCCCUGCCUGGGUAGCUGAGGAGAUGGCCAAGCUGGAGCACCAGCGGCGAGAGGCCUUCAAGAAACAUGAGCGCCAGGCUCAGCACCACUACCAGCAGCAGCAACGGCGAAGGCGGGAGGAGGAAGAGCGGCAAAGACACGCGGAGCACCACGCACGACGGGAACGUGAGACUGGGCGUGAGGAAGGCCAGGCUGAGGGCAGCGGUCCAGAUCUUGCCCCUGAGAAGGCACCUGUCAAGGCCAAGGGUGGGCCCGGCCCAGAUCGGCCCAAGAGGCCAGGCUCCCUGCUCGCCCCCAACAAUGUCAUGAAACUCAAGCACAUGAUCCCCCUCCAGGGGAAGUUUCUGUCCUCAUCCUCUUCGUCAUCCUCAUCCUCUGCAGGGGGUGCCGGCCCAGCUACCCGUCAGCCGCAGGCACCCUCCCCCACGGGAGAAAACCGCCUGCCUGCCUUUCUCAGCUUUAAGUUUCUCAAGUCACCAGAAGCCAAGCGAGAACAAGAGCGAAGCCACUCGCCUCCCAAGCCCUUCCAUGCCGGCAAGCUCUUCCCCUUUGGGGGCCGGGCAGAGUCCACCACUGCAUCUAACGGGGCAGGCGGGGGGCAGGUGCGACCCGACAGCGCUCCCAGCAAGGCCCAGCGUCCCGGGCUGGCAGAUGAGGCCGGUGGGGAGGAGCCUGAUGCCCGUGCAGAGGACGAAGGCUCAGGUCAUAAGCUUUAACUUGGGGUGGGGUGGGGUGGGGACCUAGGGACACCUGGGUCCCAGUUAGAAGAGGAUUGAGGGGCAGAUGCAAGGACAAAUGGGGCCUGGCUGGGGAGGGAAAAAGCCAUAGGUUCCCUCCUCUUACUGCAUUUGACCCCUGGAGAUGAGAGGGUAUGGGAGCUAAGGGCUGCCCCCAAUCCCCUUGGGUAUGGGCAACUCCUUGGACCCAGGGCCCCCCAGGAGGGACAAAGGCACUUACUGCCUCUUCCUUCUGUUUUUCCUCAGUCUCUGUGUUAGAACCUCUGGGUACUAGAGACAACACAAGGGUGGCCUGAAUAGCACCCCCUCUCCAUUUCCAGCCCUGCCCUCCUAGGACAGGCCACCCCUGCAUGGCUGACCUGCCCACCUCCAUGGCCUUCCCUCCCCCCUGCCUCUAUGCAAACCCCCGUGCCCCCAGCUCCUUAGCUGGGCUGGCCCAGGGACCUGUCCUCUGGGAGGAGACCUUAAUCAGGGAGAAGGGGCUAGUUGGGAGUGGUCAGUCAGUCAACAACUAAGUAUUUAGACCCAAGAGCUAAGCUGGGGGGCUGGGUCCCCGUCCUCAACAAAGGGUCAGUCCCAAGACAGCGGUCCUCUCCGUGGGGGAGAGACCACAGCUGCAGUCCCAGGCUUGUUCCAGAGAAGCUCAGCCCAGCCAGGCCAUGGGCAGGAACAGAGGGAUUCCCUCCCUAGGACCCUGCACCCCUUCCCUCCCUGGGUGACCAGAAGAGGGGGAUUUUCACCUUAGUGCUUUUUGAUUUGACACCACCACUCCCUCCCACCCUGCCCAGCAAAGCCUGAGCCAGAGUGAGAAGUGGGCAUCAGGCCUGCGGCAAGAGACGGGAACCUUCCCUCCUCCCACCCCCACCCCCAAUCUGGGAGGGGUUAGGAGCUUAGAGGCGUGGGCUGGACCUGAUGAGCUUUCCCCUGCCAUCCCUCUCCCCCCUGAGCCAUUGUCUAGAAGCAAUAAAGCCUUCCUUGGGGGUAAGGGCAGGCCCCAAACCCACCCUGGCCCAGCUCCUCUGUGCUUGGUGCCAACAUGGGGGCACAGGGCAGUGGGCAGCACUGGGUGGGGGUGGGCCCAGACUAGACUGUUUCUGGUUCAUGGAAGAGAUAAGUAGCUGAGAGAUCGAUACCAAGGGAAUCCCCUAAGGACACUCCACUCCUCACCCCAGACUGGGGAAUGCCAAUUUGUGCCCAGGGGCAGCCCAAAGGCUUGAAAGCCUGUCUGAAGCCAGUGUGAAGCAGGGGCAGUGCCAGCGAGGCCCGAGUCCUCUUAGUCUAGCCCCUACGGGCACUGCACUGGAACUGCCCCCUCUCCCCUUCCGCAGGGACAGCGCAACCAGCUUCUGGUGUCCCCUCCCGUGCCCACCGCCGG